AUGGAAGUUUGCAAUAUGAUAGGAUGGAAUGUGAGGAAUAAAAAAGAUAAGCAAAAUGCUAUUCUUAGUCUUUGUAAGGAGAAUAAGGUUGGUUUUGGAGCUUUCUUUGAGACUAAGGUUGAUAUUUUACUUGAAGAUCCCCAACUUGUUCAUUGUCGGAUCAAAGUGGGUGGCCAGCAGGAUUUUUUCUUUGCUACAGUAGUUUAUGGUAGCAAUUCUAUAGGGGAGAGGAAACGUCUCUGGGAUAAAUUAGCUAGUAUUGGCCAUUUAAAGAUUCCUUGGAUUAUCUUUGGAGACUUUAAUGCUAUGUUUGGUUACCAAGAUAGGAUUGGUGGGAGACAAGUCCUUGCUAAGGACAUAGCUGAUGCUCAAGAUUGGUUGGCUUUAGGCCAAGUUGAGGAACUUAAAUGUGAGGGAGCUCUCUAUUCAUGGUCGAACAAUCAGGAGGCAGGAGACCGUAUUUUCUCUAAAUUAGAUAGAGUGUUCAUUAACGAUUUGUGGCUGGAAGUUUUUCCGAAAACUAUUGCUCGCUUCAAAUGGGACUGCAUUUCUGAUCAUAGUUUCUAUGUGAUUCGUAAUCAGGAAGUUAACAAGGUGGGAUUUGUACCUUUUCGUUUUGGUAACCACUGGAUGCAAUAUAGAGGUUACAAAGAAGCUGUUCUUUGCUGUUGGAAUGAGCCAGUAACUUCUGGUGGAGGUCUGUGCAGGAUAGUCCAGAAAUUACAUCGGGUGAAGCAUGUUUUGAAGAGGUUUAACAGAGAGGAGGUUGGUGAUAUUGUGUUGAGUUAUAGGAAGGCCAAGGAGGAUUAUAGUAGAGCUCAGGAGGCUUUGGCUUAUAACACUUCAGAUCUGUCUCUGCAACAUUCUGUUACUCAAGCUCAUCUCACUGUUUCAGUUAUGCAGAGCCGUUAUGCCUGUUUUCUCAAACAGCAGAGUAAACUUAAUUGGAUUAAGUUUAGUGAUGAUAAUUCGAGGUUUUUUCAUGCAUUUAUGCGAAAAAGAAGAGUUGAUAAUAGAAUUUCUUCUUUUACCAUAGGAGGCAAAACAGAAGAGGACUACUCAAAAGCUAUUGAGCAUUUUCUCUCACAUUUCAAGAAUUUUAUGGGGAGAAGAAAUUUGGCUUCAUUGAAGAUUGAUAAAAGCUGUUUUAUUCAGGGAAACAGAUUAUCUCUGGAGCUCCAAGUCAAACUUCUGAGACCUUUUACCAAGAGUGAUGUGAAGAAGGCUCUUUUUAGCAUUCACUCCUUUAAGAGUCCUGGUUUGGAUGGCUUUGGCUCGAGAUUCUUUAAGGGGUCAUGGUCUGAUAUUGGUGCUGAAAUUACUUCUGCUGUGUUGGAUUUCUUUCAGGAUGGUUACUUGCCGAAGGAUCUGAAUGAAACGGUGAUUUCUCUUAUUCCUAAGACUGCGGAUAACAUGUCAUUAGUUGUAUUCCUUGAACUGUACAUUUUCUUUAUUGUGGCAGUCAGCGGAAAGUAA